GCCGGCUGGAACGCACGCUCAUUUCAAUUUGGUAGCGCUUGCAAUUUGUAUUUUAUGCAUAAACGUUCACAUGUUGCCCCUUGGAGAUGACAAAAAGGAUCGCUAUGCCAAGCUGUCCUUUCUCGGCGAAGGACAGUUUGCCAUCGUGUACAAGGCGCGCGACACUGUGACCAGCCAAAUUGUGGCCGUCAAGAAGAUCAAGAAGGGCAGCCGCGAUGAGGCACGCGAUGGCAUCAAUCGCACCGCAUUGCGUGAAAUUAAGAUCCUGCAGGAGCUGCAGCACGAGAACAUUAUCGGACUGGUCGAUGUGUUUGGCCAGCUGUCGAAUGUGUCGCUGGUGUUUGAUUUUAUGGACACCGAUCUGGAGGUGAUCAUCAAGGAUAACAAGAUUAUUCUCACCCAGGCGAACAUUAAGGCGUAUGCCAUAAUGACACUGCGCGGCCUAGAAUAUCUGCACGUCAAUUGGAUUCUGCAUCGCGAUCUGAAGCCCAACAAUUUGCUUGUCAAUAGUGAUGGCGUUUUAAAGAUCGGCGAUUUCGGUCUGGCCAAGAGCUUUGGUUCGCCUAAUCGCGUGUACACCCAUCAUGUGGUGACGCGUUGGUAUCGCUCACCCGAGCUACUAUUUGGCGCCCGCCAAUACGGUACCGGCGUGGACAUGUGGGCCGUUGGCUGCAUUCUCGCCGAGCUUAUGUUGCGUGUACCCUUUCUGCCCGGCGAUUCUGAUCUGGAUCAGCUGACGCGCAUCUUUAGCGUUUUGGGCACACCCACAGAGGCCGAGUGGCCGUAUCUGAGCAAGCUCCAUGACUAUCUACAAUUUCGUCAUUUUGUGGGCACACCGCUUCAGAAUAUAUUCACAGCAGCCGGCAAUGAUAUGAUCACGCUGAUGCGUCGCCUGUUUGCCAUGAAUCCGCUCAAGCGCUGCUCGUGCCGCGAAGCGCUCAGCAUGCCUUAUUUUCAUAAUAAGCCCGCGCCCACAGUUGGCCCCAAAUUGCCCAUGCCGUCAGCAAUAUUGGCCGCCAAAGAGGGCGCCAAUGCGGCUGCCGAUGAGAAACCGGGCCUCAAGCGCAAACUGGUCGAGACCACGGUGCGCGGCAAUGUCCUGCCGCAAAAAAAGAAGUUAAUGUUCUAAACAGCUGCCAGUCCACAUGCUAAUUGCAUAGAGAGUUUAUUUGACUAGUUACUAAGCGAUAGCCACAAAUAUACUAAAUAAAAGGUAAGGGAAUUUUUGCUACAAUUUAUUUUAUUUUUUUUAUAAAACAGCUUUCAAUGCAACAUCUAAGCCUCACACAUAGUUCAUUAAGUGUUAAGUCGUUAUUAUUGAGUGUGUACUGUACUGUGUAGAAAUAUGCUUGAAGAUCGGGCUGCGCGCGCCUUUUCAAAAACAGCUCUGAAAUUGUGUUCGAACUUUGAAAACGGUUCAAUUGUUAAACACGCUAACGAACUAGUUCAGACAAUGUUCGAAACUGGUUCAAUUAAUUGAGAGGAGACCUUUAAUUCCUUUAAUUCUGUUUCAAAACCUGCCUUAAAACAUUUUUAUAUCCGCUUCGAAAUACUUUUUGAAAGGUUUUUUUUUUGUGUAACGCCUAGAAAACCUUCCCCAGAAGGAUAUAUAUUCCUGGUCUUUUUGUCAGUCAGUAUAUACGUUAAAGUCGGUUGCAUCGAAUAACAAAACUAAACCACAUGCAAUUUAUUUUGUUAGAAUCUCGAAAUCAUUUCAAAGUAUUGUAUGAACACCUUUUUGCUUUUAAUUAAUACCGUUAACAUUACG